AUGGUCAUGGCAGUAGAAAAUCAGAAACAAAAAAAACAAAAAGCUUUGGCUGCUCUAGUUAUUUCACUAAUAGCAAUUAGAAAAGUAGUAAUAGCAAGAUUUGUAGGCAGGUAGAAAACUGCACCUAAAUUGAUUAUGUUAUUACCACAUAAAUCAAAAAAUUCAUAGUGUUUCUGGAUGAUCUCAUUACCUACAACUGAAGAUAUUAGACAUUUUCAAUUUGCUACUUUAAAGAGAUCUGCUCCUCCAUCAUAAAUGGCAGUUUCUACUAUGAUUAAUAGUGUAUGGAUUUAGAAAAGAUGCCUACAGAAGAUGGAUAAUUUGAAGAACUUCUUAAAAUGA